GUGUCACUCAGCCCGUGCCAUCUGCCCCACUCUGUGGUGGCCAAGUUGGCAUCAGCAGUGAGGAGGCAGGUUCUGGGCAGAUUAUAACUCUUGGGACAAGAGAUGGAGGAACCAGAGCAAGAAGGUGCAGGGCAGGCGGUGUGAAAGGGCUGUCCCCGGCAGGGUGACCGUGCACUAGUCCCACCGUGCCCAGCCAGGAGGACCUGUGGAUGCAGUGGGCACAGGGGACGUCCUGGACCAAGUAUAAGAAGGAGGUCUUGGCCAUCAUGUGCUGGCAGGGGCUGGGCAUUGCACAGGGGUUGGGGACCCUCAUGGUUGGACAGAGGGACGUGGUGCCACCAGCAGCGUGGCCGAGGGCAGGGGCAGCCGUCGCUGAGGGCAGGGCAGCAGCUCGCUGGAGGGUUUCCUUCCUCCUGCCCCAGCCUGUGCACCCACAGCCGCCCCGAGCGCGCCGCUGCAGCAUCUCUCAUGUGACCGACGGCUUCCUGCGCUCUUCCCGGCCCCGGUGCCGGUGCUCUGGGACAGGACGUGCCCGGUGCUGCCCGACACUGCACCCCUGACACCGUGACCCAGCACCAUGCUGCGCCGCAAGCCCUCCAAUGCUGGUGAGAAGGAGCCGGGACACAGAAAGCUUUCCCUCCAGCGUUCCAGCAGCUUCAAGGACUUCGCCAAGUCCAAAGUCAGCUCCCCUGUGCCAAGCGAGAAGGAGUUCAACCUGGAGGAGAACAUCCCUGAGGAUGUGUGCAGCAGCCCUGGCCCUGACGAUGCUGCCCGGAGCAGCGGGAUGAAGCUGAGCAAGAAGUGGCGAGCUGUCAUCUCCCGCACCAUGAACCGCAAGAUGGGCAGGAUGGCCGUGAAAGCCCUGGCUGAGGGGAAGGGAGACAUGGAGGAGGAGGGGUCCCCGUGUCCCCUGUCCCCAGCCAGCAGCAUAGAGGAGCCGAGCCACGAGAAGGUGUCCCUGUCUUACCUGGAGAUGGAGGAAGAGGGACACCCCCCGCUCAGCCGCCAGCUGUCCAGUGGCAGCGAGGUGUCCAGCCCCGGCGCCGGGGGCAGCAGCCUGCGGCUGGAGGAGAGCGGCCCCGCCUACACCGGCCCCUUCUGCGGGCGCGCCCGCGUCCACACCGACUUCACCCCCAGCCCCUACGACAGGGACUCGCUCAAGCUGCGGAAAGGAGACAUCAUCGGCAUCAUCGAGAAGCCGCCCAUGGGCACCUGGACGGGGCUGCUCAACAACAGGGUGGGCUCCUUCAAGUUCAUCUAUGUGGAUGUCAUCCCUGAGGAGCCUCUCCCUGCCCGCAAGAGCCGGGGCUCCAGCAAGAGCAAGCGUCUCAAGCCCAAGACCCUCCAUGAGCUGCUGGAGCGCAUCAACCUGCAGGAGCACACCUCCACCCUGCUGCUGAAUGGCUACCAGACCCUGGAGGACUUCAAGGAGCUGCGGGAGACCCACCUCAACGAGCUGAACAUCACGGACCCCCAGCACCGCGCCAAGCUGCUGACAGCAGCCGAGCUCCUCCUGGACUAUGACACAGCGAGUGAGCCAGAGGAAGGCGACGGCUCCGAAGCACAGCCCUCACCCUUGGAGCCCAAGGGGGACAUUCCCCGGGACUCGGGCUGCUUUGAGGGAUCAGAGACCCUAGACAGCAGCCGGGAUGAGGCUGAGCUGGGGGGUCCCAAGGAGCAGCUGCAGGAUCUCUCCCUGCCAGAGUCCUCCUGAGCCCACCAGCACAGUCCACAGCUGCUUCCCAGCCUGGCCUAGCAGCAGGUCUGGACUUGGGGGGGUGGCUGCUGGCACGGGGGGGCAGGUGAGCCCCAGCAGGGGGAUCCCAUGGCCCCGGGUGCUGUGUGGCCACAGGCAGCUCAGCCCUUGGACUCUCAAGGUCACCCCACUGGCUGCCCCCAGGACACUUUACACCACGCUGCCUCACACCAUGCUCCCCAGGCUGAGCUGCAGAGACACCCCCCCCCCCUCACCCGCCAUGGGGGAACAGCAGGACACGGGCAAGAUAUCCUGGAGGUGUGAGAUGUGGAGGCUGGAAAGACAGAGGGAAGGGAAAAGAGGUAGCAGGCUUGGGGAGGCACAGACAGAGGCAGAGGCUACAGCUCAGCCAUUUUUCAAACCGGUUAAGUUUCCUUCAUUGUUUCAAAAUAAAAAAAUGAAGAAAAGAAGAAAAAGAAACCCCACCCCUUGCCCUACCCCCACUUCCUUCAUGGAGAACCUGAACAGACAGGAACCGCAGGUGCAGGCAGCACUCGCACUUCGCCUUCAAAAACACAUCAGUGAACUCAGAAAAUACACUUUUGUCACAAGGA